AUGAAUGAACCAUCAUCAACUCUCACCAUUCCGAUUGAAGUCAUGGCAGUGGCUGAACAAUCAUUGUCACCUGAAAAUCGUUUAUCAAAUGUUCAUUCACGAAAUUCAUCGAAAACACUUAAAUGUCCAAAAUGUAAUUGGCAUUAUAAAUAUCAAGAAACAUUAGAAAUUCAUAUGAAAGAAAAACAUCAAAUGGGAACAAAUUCUGAUGGAAAUUUAAACAGUGCAGCUGAGAUUGAAACAACUUGUUCUUAUUGUUUAUCAAAUAGUGUUCAUCCUCGUCUUGCACGUGGUGAACAAUAUCCAUGUGGAUUCAAACCCUAUCGAUGUGAAUUAUGUCUUUAUUCUACAACAACGAAAGGAAAUUUGGCAAUACAUAUGCAAUCUGAUAAACAUAUGAAUAAUUGUAAAGAUUUAUCAUCAUCAUCAUCAUCAUCUAUUCAACAAAUUUCGACAACAUCUAUUCCUUCACCUGAUAAUUCUUCACUUGAUCAAACAUCGCAAUCACAAGAUAUGAAAGUGGUUACAGAAUCAUCAGCUGUUGAAACAUUUACAUGUCCACUUUGUUCUCAAUCGAAUUUAAACACAUUGGUUGAUGAUCUCUAUCCAAUGGUGAACGAAGAGACGAAGAAUGAAAAAAAAACGCGAAGAUUAUCAUCAAUGGCCGAAUUAACUGAUGAAUAUCGUUGUCAUUCGUGUCCAAAUAAAACAUUUAAAGAUUUUUAUCUUUUAGUAAAUCAUUUUCAAGAUCAAAAUCAUAUCGAUGAAGAUGAAAAAAACGUUGGAUUGUUAUGUUGGAAGAAGGGAUGUAAUCAAUAUUUUAAUUCGUUAUCGAUACUUGAAAAACAUUUUCAUGAAAUUCAUUCGAUAAAUUUAAUCGAAAAUCUUCGAUUAGAACCAAAAAGUUCAUCGUCAAUAUCGACAAAUUUCGUCUCAAAAUCACGUGAAAGAUUAAUUUCCAUCGGUGAAGAUAUUGUUUUACAUUAUUUGGAAAAUCAUCAAGUUGAAGAAGAAAAUUCUUCUCAUGAAAUUCUUUGUGAUUUAUGUUUAAAAAAGUUUUCAAGUUUAUCAACAUUAAAAGUUCAUUAUGAAGAUAUUCAUUCGAUCGUUCUUUCAUCACGUGCUAUUCAACAUUGGAUAUUUCUUUUACAAAAACUUCAUUCAUCAUCAUCAUCAUCAUCAUCAUCACCAACAACAACAAAUAAAUUAAAACGACAAUCAUCAUCAUCAUCAUUUCAUGAAUUAAAUCAAAAUAAAAAAUCUCGUUAUGAAAAUCUUCUUUAUCAAACAACAAAUCAAUUUGAUUUAAAUAAUAAACGACAAAGAACACGUAUUACAGAUGAACAAUUACGAAUUCUAAGAGAAUAUUUUAAUUUAAAUAAUUCUCCAAGUGAUGAACAAAUUUUAUUAAUGUCACAAAAAAGUCAAUUAACAACCAAAGUGAUUAAACAUUGGUUUCGAAAUACUUUAUUUAAAGAAAGACAAAAAAAUAAAGAUUCACCAUAUAAUUUCUCCAAUCCUCCAUUAACAUCAAAUCAAUUUGAUUUAGAUGAAUAUCAGAAAACAGGAACAAUUGUCAAAAGAUCAGCAAAUGAUUCCGAUUAUUCAGAUAAUGAUUUUACUUCGAAUGAUGAACAAGAUCUUCUUUCUGAUAUUGAUGAUUUCAAUCAACAAACAUUUAAAUUACAACAACAACAAUAUCAACAACAAACUCCAACUCAAACACAACAACAACAACAACAAACAUCACGUCGUGCAAAUCGAACAAGAUUCAGUGAUCAACAACUUCGUCUUCUUCAAGACGCAUUUGAAGCAAAUCCAUAUCCAAAAGAUGAUGAUUUAGAAAUUCUUUCUCAAAAAUUAAAAUUAAAUUCUCGUGUUAUUGUUGUUUGGUUUCAAAAUGCUCGACAAAAAGCGAGAAAAUCUUAUGAAAAUAAUCAAAAUGAUUCCAAUGUCGAUCAACAAAUUCAACCGAAUCAACUUCAACAACAACAACAGCAGCAACAAGAUGAGGAAUUAAUUUUAAAACAAGAAAAAGAUGAAGGUUAUUCGUGUAAAAAUUGUUCAAAAUUAUUUUCACGUUUUGCUGAAUUGAUGAAACAUGCAAAACAAUGUUCACCUUCAUCGAGCAAUUCAAAGAAAAUCUCUCUUCCAAAAGUCAAAAAUGAACUUAUCGAAGGAAAUUCUUCAUCAGCAACUCUUGAUCCAUUAUCAUCAUAUCAAAUGUUAAUAAAUGCAGCAACAUUAGCUCAACAACAACAACAACAAUUUUCUUCUUCAUUUAAUAAUCAUCGAAAAGAGAAUUAUUGUGAUCAAUGUGACAAAACUUUUACAUCGUCAACUGAAUUUCAUGAACAUCAAACAUUACAUAUGCAAGCACUUCUGAAUGCUGCUGCUUUCUUUCCACUUGCUGCUUAUCAUCCAGCUGCAGCUGCANCAUAUCAAAUGUUAAUAAAUGCAGCAACAUUAGCUCAACAACAACAACAACAAUUUUCUUCUUCAUUUAAUAAUCAUCGAAAAGAGAAUUAUUGUGAUCAAUGUGACAAAACUUUUACAUCAUCAACUGAAUUUCAUGAACAUCAAACAUUACAUAUGCAAGCACUUCUUAAUGCUGCUGCUUUCUUUCCACUUGCUGCUUAUCAUCCAGCUGCAGCUGCAGCAGCUGCAGCAAUGGCUACUUUAUCUUCUCAAUUUUUUACAAAUCCUCAACAAACAGCAAAUUUAUUAAAUAUUUCAACUUCACCUACACCUCCUCAAUCAUCUUCAUUAAAAUUAAAUUGUCGAAAUGAUUUAAUUAAAGCAAGUGUUUCAUCAUCAAUUGCUUCUGAAGAUGAAUCAUCAAAUGAACUUGAAGAAGAAGAUGGAGGAACAAGUAUUGAUUCCAAUGAUGAAAGUCGAAAAAUUCUAAAUGUAAAUAAUGGUAAAAGAAAUCGAACAACAAUUCUUCCCGAACAACAAGAUUAUCUUAUGUCAAAAUAUUCUAUUGAAUCAAAUCCAUCAAGAAAAAUGUUAGAAGAAAUUUCUUCUGAAGUCAAAUUAAAGAAACGAGUUGUUCAAGUUUGGUUUCAAAAUACUCGAGCAAGAGAAAGAAAAGGAAAUAUGAAAAUCGAUUCUGAUUUAAUUAAUAAAAAAUGUCUUCAUUGUUCAACAAAUUUUAAAUCGAAAUUAACAUUUGAACAACAUUUAUUAAACAAACAUUCAGAUAAAUAUAAAACAAAAGAUGAAAUUGAUUGGGAUUUAUUUCCAACAAAUUCAUUUUUAACUGACGAACUUCCAUUAGAUUUAUCAUCAAAAGCACCAAUGAAAAAAGAGAAAAAACUUUUUGAGAAUGAUCAACAAAUAAUUAAUGAAUGGAAUGAUUCAAGUUCACAAUCAAAUGAUUCCAAUGAACAUUUUCAAUUUCAUUUAAAUAAACAACAACAACAACAAAUUUCACAAAAAAUUAUUUCAAAUGGACAUUUAUCACCAACAGGAUCAAUUCAAUCAUCAUCAAAUGGAAUUAAUGGACAAAGAAGAUUUCGAACUCAAAUGAGUCCUUUACAAAUUAAAUUAAUGAAAGCUAUUUUUAUGGAAUAUCGAACACCAACUAUGCCAGAAUGUGAAUUAUUAGGAAAAGAAAUUGAUUUACAAAAACGUGUUGUACAAGUUUGGUUUCAAAAUGCUCGAGCAAAAGAAAAGAAAAAUCCUCAUUUUUUCAAAUCAGAUCUUCCAGAUGAAUAUCAACCAACGAAUGAACAAUGUAAAUUAUGUCAAUGCAAAUAUACUUUACAAAAUCCUCAAAGAGAUCAUUUAUUUACUACAAAACAUAUUGAAAAUAUUCGUUCAACUCUUGAUCCAUUAUCAUCAUAUCAAAUGUUAAUAAAUGCAGCAACAUUAGCUCAACAACAACAACAACAAUUUUCUUCUUCAUUUAAUAAUCAUCGAAAAGAGAAUUAUUGUGAUCAAUGUGACAAAACUUUUACAUCGUCAACUGAAUUUCAUGAACAUCAAACAUUACAUAUGCAAGCACUUCUGAAUGCUGCUGCUUUCUUUCCACUUGCUGCUUAUCAUCCAGCUGCAGCUGCAGCAGCUGCAGCAAUGGCUACUUUGUCUUCCCAAUUGUUUACAAAUCCUCAACAAACACCAAAUCUAUUAAAUAUUUCGACUUCACCUACACCUCCUCAAUCAUCUUCAUUGAGAUUAAACUGUCGAAAUGAUUUAACUAAAGCAAGUGUUUCAUCAUCAAUUGCCUCCGAAGAUGAAUCAUCAAAUGAACUUGAAGAAGAAGAUGGAGGAACAAGUAUUGAUUCCAAUGAUGAAAGUCGAAAACUUCUAAAUGUAAAUAAUGGUAAACGAAAUCGAACAACAAUUCUUCCCGAACAACAAGAUUAUCUCAUGUCGAAAUAUUCGAUUGAAUCAAAUCCAUCAAGGAAAAUGUUAGAAGAGAUUUCUUCCGAAGUCAAAUUAAAGAAACGAGUUGUUCAAGUUUGGUUUCAAAAUACUCGAGCAAGAGAAAGAAAAGGAAAUAUGAAAAUCGAUUCCGAUUUAAUUAAUAAGAAAUGUCUUCAUUGUUCAACAAAUUUUAAAUCGAAAUUAACCUUUGAACAACAUUUAUUAAACAAACAUUCAGAUAAAUAUAAAACAAAAGAUGAAAUUGAUUGGGAUUUCUUUCCAACAAAUUCAUUUUUAACUGACGAACUUCCAUUAGAUUUAUCAUCAAAAGCACCAAUGAAAAAAGAGAAAAAACUUGUCGAGAAUGAUCAACAAAUAAUUAAUGAAUGGAAUGAUUCAAGUUCACAAUCAAAUGAUUCCAAUGAACAUUUUCAAUUUCAUUUAAAUAAACAACAACAACAACAAAUUUCACAGAAAAUUAUUUCAAAUGGACAUUUAUCACCAACAGGAUCAAUUCAAUCAUCAUCAAAUGGUAUUAACGGACAAAGAAGAUUUCGAACGCAAAUGAGUCCUUUACAAAUUAAACUAAUGAAAGCCAUUUUUAUGGAAUAUCGAACACCGACUAUGCCAGAAUGUGAAUUAUUAGGAAAAGAAAUCGAUUUACAAAAACGUGUUGUACAAGUUUGGUUUCAAAAUGCUCGAGCAAAAGAAAAGAAAAAUCCUCACUUUUUCAAAUCAGAUCUUCCAGAUGAAUAUCAACCAACGAAUGAACAAUGUAAAUUAUGUCAAUGCAAAUAUACUUUACAAAAUCCUCAAAGAGAUCAUUUAUUUACUACAAAACAUAUUGAAAAUAUUCGUUGUAUUCUAUCCAAACAGAUUUCAUCUAAUGUUGCAACGAUAAAAGAUGAUCAAAAUUAUAAAAAGAACAGUAUCAAUGUGAAAUUAGAUUUAGAUAAUUCACCAACAUCAGUAUUAGACAAAUCAACAAAAGAUGAACAAAAUCAACUUAUGUCUUAUUUAAGUUUGAUGCAUCUCAUGCCACUCGGAAUGGAUCCAUAUAAUUAUGGAUUGAUGGAUCCAAAUAUUCAUGGAACACCAUUGUUUAUGUUACAAUUACCAUCUGAUGCUUUAAAUAAAAUUGUUUCAUUAAGUAAAUCAGAUGCUCAUCUCACACGUGCUCAAUAUACACAAGAUGGAAAAACUCUUCAACAAUUACUUGAUAAUGAUCAUCACAAUGUCGAUUAUCAAACAAUUGAUGUUGGUUAUUCUUGUAAAAGAUGUAAUCUUGUUUGGCCAUUAUAUGAAUCAUGUCGAUGUCAUGCAUUACUUUGUUGGCAAAUCUCACCAUCAACAUUACCUGUUUCUCUAAAUACACGUGAAGAUUUGAAUCAUUUAUCAGGUUACAUAUUUAAGAUUGAACAAUUAGCAUAUCGAUGUUUAAUAUGUAAAACAUCAUGUUCAACAAUAUCUGAAUAUGAAACACAUAUCAAAGAUGAUAUUCAUUUAAAAAAACUAAAACAACAUUCAAAUAGCCCAAUUGAAGAGAAUGAUUGA